AUGCCAAUAUCCACGUCGAAGAAGAGAUCACUCUAUCAACGCAUGCAAGACCGAAACAGAGUUGAGAUUUCAGAGGAGGAAUUGCAAAAGUACACCGGAAUGAGCAAGGCGGGUCUGCAGGAUUGGGCCAAGGAUCGCCCGGGGGUUGGAGCAAAGACACCCGCUAACAUGGGGAAGAAAUUUGAGUCUUGGGAAUCUAUGCGUGUCACUACAGGGAUUAUGUGA